GGCUUCCUCUGGCAAAUAAAGACAGGAAUACCAACUUCGGGUUUAAUUGGCAAAUUUGGACCUUAUUGUUCCUGCAUAUUAACGAAUUAUCGAUAAACAGCACCAUCAGAGAAAGUCAGAGGAAUAUGAAAAUCAACAGUACCAUCCGCAUAAUUGGUGAACGGGUAGUCUUAGUUCCAUACAAGAAGAUGCAUGUGGAAAAAUAUCACCGAUGGAUGUUAUCCCCAGAAUUACAGGAACUCACAGCUUCGGAGCCUCUAAGUCUGAAGGAAGAGUAUGAGAUGCAGCAGUCAUGGCUCAUUGAUGAUGAUAAGUGCACUUUCAUUGUGUUGGACAAAUGUCUUCUAGCUGAAAAGAACAAUGAGCUUGAAGCAAUGAUUGGAGACACGAAUCUAUUCCUGGUCGAUCAGGAGGAUAGGACUCGUGCAGAGGGAGAAAUCAUGAUUGCAGAACCACUGUUCAGAGGCCAAAAACGAGGCUGGGAGGCCAUGUUGCUUAUGUUUAGAUAUGGCAUUGAGCAGCUAGGGGUGAAGACAUACGAGGUCAAGAUAGGUAUGAGUAAUACACCCAGUAUAAAGAUGUUUCAGAAAAUGCACUUUGAGGAAACCACAAGAUCAGAUGUCUUCCAGGAAGUUACAUUGGAGUGUUCUGUCAAUGAGAAGUGGAAGGAAUGGUUGAAUGAAAAUAUAAAACAUUUUGAAAUAGUCCCAGAUGAAAUGUUAAAUUAAUGCUGAUGGAGUUAGUCAAUAUUAAAUGGAUUGUGAAAGGAAAUUAGCAGGUUUUAGAUCCACCUAGCACAUGGAUAUGAUGUGUUUACUACACAUCAAGAUUUCUUGAUUAGUACUUAAUAAGUUUAUUUAAUAAGGAAAAGCAAAUAAGUUUAUAUAGUAAGGAUAAGCAUAGAAGUUUAUAUAGUAAGGAUAAGCAUUUUUUGGUGAAUAUUUUCUACUUUUCUACUAUUAACAUUCAUGUAUAUGUAUGCAAAAAGGUGCUGUGCAAUGUACUAUCUUUAAUUCAGUGUAACAAUCCUUGAUUUUGUUCUAUUGUUUUAUAAUUAUGGAGAAGAUUCUUAAUGAAUAAAUAU